GUAACACUGUGAAGGGCCAGAAAGAAGAAGAAGAAAAAGCCAGAGCGAGAGACGGAGAGAGGGGCCACCAGUGCUUAAGCGAUACGGUUCAGCUAAUAUGGCAGCCGACACAGAAUCAAAACUUCAGCUGGUUCACAGACACAUCCGAACUUUUCCAGACUUUCCGAAGAAAGGCAUCCUGUUCAGAGAUAUCUGUCCCAUUCUGAAGGAUCCAGCCACACUGACGGCAGUAAUCGACCUUUUUGAAGAACAUGUGCGGAAAAAUCACCCGCAGGUUGAUCUGAUUGUAGGUUUAGAUGCUCGUGGUUUUCUGUUUGGGCCUCUGCUUGCCCAGCGGCUAGGUGUUGGCUUUGUCCUGGUCAGGAAGAAAGGCAAGCUACCUGGAAACACUGUGUCCGUGGAAUAUGAUCUUGAGUAUGGAAAGGCGGAGGCAGAGAUCCAAGAGGAUGCAGUGACUCCAGGACAGAAGAUUCUGCUGAUUGAUGACCUUUUGGCAACUGGAGGGACAUUGCAUGCAGCCAUUGAGUUGAUGAAGAAGCAGCAGGCUGAGAUUUUGGGCUGCAUGGUGAUCAUCGAGCUUAAAGAACUCAAUGCCAUUGACAAACUGAAACCACACAGUGUGUUCUCUCUGCUUCAGUAUUGAGGACGGACAACGGACUCUGGCUCUGAAAAGUACCUGGUUGGAAACAAGUCAAUGUCAACAACAGUACACAAGGACGCUCUUUACAUCGCUCACGUUUUUGUUAUGUGUUAAAAUAGGGUGCUUGGUUUCCACGAAACCUUAAAGAGUCUUUGAAUGUCUAGAACUUUUCUCUUCCAAUCAUGUUAUGAAUGCUGAAAUCUGUCCCUGCAUCCGUGUGUGCCUAAACAGUGUUGGAUGGAUAUUAUUAGACAGGCAAACCAUGGUAUCUGUUGCAGACAGGUCAUAAACAGCUUGCACUCUUGUUAAGUCUGUCAGUUUAAGUGAAACUCAUAAGACUGAUGUUCUUCAAAAUAAUUUUGAUUAUGUUUACGUAAUGGACUGAUUGUUAUGAAAUGUUCACUUAAUUAGCCAUUAUACACACUCUUGCUUAAUUCAAUGGAAAUCCAUUCAGUAGUUUUUGAGAACUUUAGCUAAACAUUGCCAAACUCAUAAUGGUACUAGAGGAAAUGACUGGGGCUCAGUCACUAGGAUCUGUCGUCAGGGGGACACACUGUAUAUCUACAUUUCAUAACAAUCCAUCCUGUAGUCCAGACAUUUCAGUAUGGAACAAGGUUUAGGACCAACCACCCUUAACUGUUACUUACAGAUAUACUAUGUAACAACCUUUUUUUUAAAAUAUAUUUUGUGGCUAUCCCAAAAAUUCACACUGAUGCAAGGUAACCUUGUCUGUGAACAUUUUUGCUUCAGUCAUGUAUAUUUACAUCAGCAAUGGUUGUUUAACAAUGAGCACAACUACUAUGAUCCCAUACUACUUACAUGUUUUGAUCUUUUCUCAGAUUUUGACCGUCUCCUCCAGCACCACUUCUUUCCAGGCUGUGUAAUUCUAACUAUUAUGUGUAAACUGAACUUGAUGUGUAAAUUUGGUGGAGUGCCCAUUUACAGUUUAUUAAGUCGUGAAGCUUUUUAUUUAAGAAGUCUUGAUGAGUUUACAACUUUUCUUCUAUACCGAUACAAAAUAUGCAGACCAUAUCCAUAUUCAAUUUAGCAACAUACAUUACAAUGGGGUCAACCACACCCCCUCACUAAGA